AUGGAGCCCACAAACACGCGAUAUUACAAUACUGCCGCGAAAUACACUUGGCCACGCCGGCACCAACAGUUCGUGGACAGCACGUCUGGUUGUUUUGGAGGGCUGCUAUACAAUGAAACGGCUGCAAGAGGGAAAGAGUGGGAGUAUUUGAACGAAGCACUUGGAAAAAGCCGAAAGCUGAGCGCAACAGCACUUUCCCCCGUAUACCAGGUCUUUCCUCACACUCGUCAAAAUUUUUCAACUAUAAGUGCUGACAGAGCCAAUGAAUUUUCUGUGACCAACUAUCUGAAGGAGGAAUGCCCUGGAUUCGAUUUUCCCAUCGAAAUGGUUACUGAUCUCGUUCGAGAAAGCAUGCUAAGUCAGAUAGAGUGGGAGAAAAAUGAUCCAUAUCUGGGCAAUCGAAUCGCUUCCGGAACGUUUGAUAAUGGAAAGAAAAAAAAGAAGUUCCUCGCUUUUCCGAUGGGGCUCCAUGGGAGUGAGCUGAACUUAUCGCUACUCGAUUGGAACGAGAGCGCCUAUGAUUCGAAAUCCGAUAUAGACCAGUAUGUAUUGCAACCGUCAGCAGAACCUGUACUGCAAUUUAAGGCUCCGAUCAGGCAAAUUGCUUGUUCAGAAGAUUUUGGUUCAGCAAAUCCAUGUUUGAUGGCGGUGAGAACGACGACAGCAACAACGUUUCUGACACUCGUUCCAAAGGAAAAACGCGAUGGUAAACGAGACUUUCCGCGUUCAACGAAGGCUAUUGCGAUAGAUUCGGUUUCUAAUAUGGGAUUGGCCGCAACAUCAGAACACAUGCAUGUUACAUUUAACCCGUUAUUAUACGGAGAAGCUGCCAUUAUUGAUGGAAGUGGCAGCGUUCAUAUAUGGAGAGCUAUGUUACAAAAGAAAAUUGCGCGGUUUGAUAAAUUUGAGUAUAAUCUUAUCCAACUGUCAGAUCGCUCCUGCGAUACACCUCAGAAGGACUGGUGGGCUCGUUGCGAAUAUGGGGCGCACCCACAGUCGUUGUUUGUAGCUUCUCGAAGAGAAGCGAGCGUUCUGGACUUUAGGACUCCAUCCAAGACACAUUCUUCCGCAUUGUUUGUUUCAAAGCCAAACGAAAAUAUCUAUGCAUUCCAACGUUCCCCGGCAUGGCAUUCGUUUGAAUCGGUAAUAGCUACAGACAAACGUGUUAUCGUUCUCGAUCAACGAUUUCCAAAACGUCCCCUAAUAGAUUGGUUGUCGUAUUAUCCGCAAAACCCACCCGGAGGAAUAGAAGUAAUAUCAAAUAAUGACGUCACUGUUGCAGUAUGUUGGUCCGCCGUAAGUGCCAAGAUCAACGCAUUUACCUUUAACCGGACACCCUCGGGUACUAUCAGCUCGCCGAUAACUCCAACAGCUAUCACGUCCUUUCACCAAGACCCGCUCUUUCUUAAAUCUCGCAAUAGUAUAGCUGAUUGUGACUUUCUUGCAGAAAAGCAAUCCCUCCCCGAAGAACUCAUCUCUCCGAGUCUUCUUCCGCCGUUAUCAUCCGUCCUUCUCCUAAAAGGUCAAUUAAAGAUGCGCGAUUUCUCCAAGGAAAAAAAACAUCGCACGGGAAGAAAUCAAGAAAAAUUUAGGUUUAAGAGCGAGGAGGUUUGCAGCGUCCUGCAACUUACGAGCACUGGUGGAAUAUAUGCUCAGGUAGUGCACUUUGGAUUGGUAGAAAAGUUAGGAAGUUUGCAGCAUACAGACGAAGAGAAGAACCGAGAAUUAUUUAUUAAAAAAGAGUUUUCGAAAGAGCUAUUAGAUUUGGAGGCCAAGUCUUUAGAGGAAAAGGUUGAGAACAACAAGUUUCAUCAAUUAUUACAAUUUAAUCGAUUAUGGGACUUUACAACUCGGGAGUUCAAAGGCUCGCUACUGACAGAAUCUGAUUUAUCCGCAUUAAAUGGGCGUGCAUCAGAACACGGCAGAGGCGAACAGCCUUAUUCUACAAUACAAUCUCAACCCCAGUGCAAUUCAUCUUCUGUUCGAUUUCCACAAUCAUCAUGUCUUGCACCGAAUUCAUCAUUCUUUCCUUUGUAUCUUUCAGCCACCUUCGUUUCUUGGGAUUCUCUCUUUUAUUAUCUCAAUAGUUAUGCUCAUUUUCAUAACGUAAUUUUACGUCCCUCAUCAUCUACUUAUUCUCCUACCGGCUUCCUUACGUCUGUUCGAUUUUAUUGUGUUUUGUUGAAGUGUACAUGGACGCUUGUUUGCAAAACUAACAAAUCAAACGGGAACGUAGUUUUGACGCAAUUUUGGGAUAUGCAUAGUCACAAGCUAGAAAAUAUAAUAACAAAUGACGAUUCUUCUGUUAGCGAUGAAGAGGCCCGUGAAAAGGAUAAGAGCAUUAAAGGUGUUAAUAAAACCAAAUACACCGGUUUAAUGAAACGCUUCACGAAGAAUUUGACGGGUACUAGACGAUUUACAAAGGCUGUUACGCAGACAAGUGGCAUAGAGUUAUCAAAAGAGCAAGUUAAUGAAGCCAGUCAAAGUGUGGGACAUCCAGUUACUGCCUUCGAAAUAAGAAAAUAUUGCUCAGGCGACUCGAUGCAACAAUUCAUAUAUGAAGACUCGGUAAAAAACUCUGACCGCACGCCUAUUGAUUGGAAUUAUGCUGAUCCAGGCGUAUUUCUUGAGAAUCUUCCGUCAAGAAAUGAAAAUUCUUUGUUUUUAGGUACUCUGAAGAAUUUUGGCUUCCCAGUUAUGGAAGACUGUGUUGCUCCAACAGUACAGACGUUAAGGGAAAACAUUCAAGAAAACCUAUGUAAAGCGUAUAUCGCGCCGAUUACAGACGGCUCUUCAACUACAUCAGCAAAUGAUUUGAAAUUUCGCGAGUUUGCAAUAUCCGAAAUCGCAAACGACCUUCUCCUGAGUCAGGAAAUAAUCAAACCAUGGAUGGGUAGCACGGAUGAAUACCAAUACGUUUCUGAUCUGUACCACUUUUCUAAACAAGUGGCCACUUCAGAACGGUGGAAUGCGUCAGGAAUUACGUUACGCAAAUCAGCAUGCGAUAAGGAGAUAGAAUGGUCUACAGCUACUCGAUGGUUGAUAGAUGAUUGGAAAUUGGGUCAAAAUUAUCGGGAUUACGUAUUCGUGACACCGAAUAAGGCAAGGAAGGAGAAUGGCGGACCUACGAGAGAGAUGAGCGUUGGGAGUACAACAGAUAUAUAUGCUGAUCUCCAUCAUAGUUUGGUAGAUAUUUCAGCGUCAAUUGGCGAAAUAGUUAAUACAAAUAACGGUGAGAGAAGAGAGGUUAUGAUGGACGACGAGCUACUGAUAGUUGAACCAUCAACUGCUGGAUCUGCAAUGGACGUGGGUAUCAUCGAUGAUGAGCGAACGCCAAAAGAUAUUACGACAGUUAUAGCUACUUCUGAAAAUCAGAAAAAAGAGAAACCAAAAAAGAAGAAACCGCGACGUAUGGGAUUUUAG